CCUUGGGUCAUUUGGGAUGGUUCCAGCCUGAUUCGUUGAUUCCCCGUUUUUCUGGGGGCGAGCCUGGCUUGUGAAAAAUCGGGUUGAGAUGUCUCGAUCUUUGGCUCAAGACACAUCAGCCGUCACACGGCGCACGAUCCAUGGUGCCCAACGCGAGGCGGCGAUGUGUGGUGCUGCCAGCGCUGCUGUUCCUAGCCGGUAGCGCCUUCGUGGGAUGGCAGGCCGCUGGCCGAUCUUACGGCACCGCCAUGGAAGCAGCAAAGGCCAAGAAGCAGAAGCAGAAGAUGUCUUUGUCAGAAGCCCUGGAGCGGCAGAAGAAGGAGAAGGAGACGGAGAAGAGCAAGAAGGAAGAGGCCAAACUGGAGGCUGAGGAGAUCUUCUGGGAGGGCCCCCCAUCCUCCACAGAGAUGCUUGCUCCAUUCCUGAGUUGCUUCUUGGUCCUCGGGAUCAUCCCCUUCAUCGCCGCGGUGAACCGCCAGUUCCGGGUCAAGUACAAGAUCACAAGCCAGCGCGUCUCUGUGACAGGUGGUCUUGAUGGAAAGGACAUCACAGAAUUCUCCUAUCAGGAAAUCUACGAGAUGAAAUACGGUUUGCGCUUCUUCGGCUACUGCGCUGACAUGAGGGUGAACCUCCGUGAUGGUGCGAAAGUGGAGCUUUUCGGACUCCUGAAUUUCGAGGAUAAUUACAAGUACAUGCUUUCCAGGUGUGGCAAGGAUGCUCGCAAGAGAAGUGACCCACCGCCCAGCUAGACUCAACGUGAAAUAGAAUGAACCUGACACGCGGGGCAAGAGCCGUGCGCUCUAGGCCAAAAGGUCAAGUUCUGUGCCCGCGGAGAUGUCUCAAGUCAGUUUGAUCCAAAUUUUCAGUCAGCUGGCCUUUGCACAUUUGAAUCCACAAAGCGUGUUCAGAGGUUUCUUGCAUAGGCCGAGCUGCGGGAUGCGGCAUAAGCCGCUUUCGGAAGGGAGCCGAUGUUACAUGGGGAGAUGCUCACAAAGAAGGUGCCACGAUUGAACGCACCACUCGUACUGAGCAGCUUCCCACGGGCCGAUGUGUCGCAACUCCUGUGUUAGCAAAAACUUAGAGAUGCAUUGGCAGACAGGAGAAUCUGGGGGCUUGCGUAUCGUGCAUUGUUGUUAUUUUCCUCUCCGCAUUUUUCGACUUGGCAAGAAAAGGGCCAGAGGCUGCAAUGCGGACACAGCGGAUGUUCAAUGUCAAGC